AUGUAUUGUAAAAUAUAUACUUUUAUAUUUAUUCUUCUAGCUAUUUUUAAUAUAAUUUUUGCAAGACUUCUUCCACAAGAAGAAGAAUCAUUAAAACGUAUUAAAAGACAACAUGGAUGGCAUCAUGGAGGCCGCCAUCAUGGUGGUUGGCAUCAUGGCGGUGGUUGGCACCGUCCCUACUACCAUCACUGGAAUCCAUAUUGGGGACACCAUCAUGGACCAUGGUGGUGGUAA